AUGCAGGUCUUUGAAAAGGCCAGACAAAGUGAAAAAGUCUCGGCUAAAAACCAGAAAGAAUGUGAGGAGGAAAGAGGAGGUAGAGAAGAGAUAAGGCAGCUAGCCGCUGCACUGAGGGGGCAUGUGUGUCAUUGUAUCAAGUUCCUUACCUACGAUGUGUGUGUGUGUGUGUUUGUGUGCGUGCGUGCACACGUGUGCGCCUGUGUGUGUGCGUGCGUACGUUUGUGUCUGUGUGCAUGAGUGUUUGUGAAUGGGUGAGUGUCUGCCUGUGAGCAUUCCUCUGUGUUCUGUCCACUUGAGUUCAUGGUCCAGUGAUGUUGCUGACAGAGCCAGGCUGGACUCCACCAUAUAUGGCGCCUCCAGGACUGGAGCAUUGUAUUAGGGACCGGGGACUGGAUCAGUGUGUCACGGUCUGGGGACUGGAGCAGUGUGUCAGGGUCUGGGGAAUGGGGACUGGAGCAGUGUGUCAGGGUCUGGGGACUGGAGCAGUGUGUCAGGGUCUGGGAACUGGAGCAGUGUGUCUGGGAACUGGAGCAGUGUGUCAGGGUCUGGGGACUGGAGCAGUGUGUUAGGAUCUGGGGACUGGAGCAGUGUGUCAGGGACUGGGGACUGGAGCAGUGUGUCAGGGUCUGGGGACUGGGGCAGUGUGUCAGGGUCUGGGGACUGGAGCAGUGUGUUAGGGUCUGGGGACUGGAUCAGUGUGUCAGGGUCUGGGGACUGGAGCAGUGUGUCAGGGUCUGGGGAAUGGGGACUGGAGCAGUGUGUCAGGGUCUGGGGACUGGAGCAGUGUGUCAGGGUCUGGGAACUGGAGCAGUGUGUCUGGGAACUGGAGCAGUGUGUCAGGGUCUGGGGACUGGAGCAGUGUGUUAGGAUCUGGGGACUGGAGCAGUGUGUCAGGGACUGGGGACUGGAGCAGUGUGUCAGGGUCUGGGGACUGGGGCAGUGUGUCAGAGUCUGGGGACUGGAGCAGUGUGUCAGGGUCUGGGGACUGGAGCAGUGUGUCAGGGACUGGGGACUGGAGCAGUGUGUCAGGGUCUGGGGACUGGAGCAGUGUGUCAGGGACUGGGCACUGGAGCAGUGUGUCAGGGACUGGGGACUGGAGCAGUGUGUUAGGGUCUGGGGACUGGAACAGUGUGUCAGGGACUGGGGACUGGAGCAGUGUGUCAGGGACUGGGGACUGGAGCAGUGUGUCAGGGACUGGGGACUGGGGCAGUGUGUCAGGGUCUGGGGACUGGAGCAGUGUGUCAGGUUCUGGGGACUGGAGCAGUGUGUUAGGGUUUGGGGACUGCGGACUGGAAACGUGUGUUAAGGUCUGGGGACUGGAGCAGUGUGUCAGGGUCUGGGGACUGGAGCAGUGUGUCAGGGCCUGGGGACUGGAGCAGUGUGUCAGGGUCUGGAGACUGGAGCAGUGUGUCAGGGUCUGGGGACUGGAGCAGUGUGUCAGGGCCUGGGGACUGGAGCAGUGUGUCAGGGUCUGGAGACUAGAGCAAUGUGUCAGGGUCGGGGGAAUGGAGCAGUGUGUCAGGGUCUGGGGACUGGAUUAUUGUAUCAGGGACUGGGGACCGGAGCAUUGUAUCAGGGACUGGGGACUGGAUCAUUGUAUCAGGGACAGUGGACUGGAGCAUUGUAUCAUGCACUGUGGACUGGAGCAUUGUAUCAGGGACUGGUAACUGGAGCAUUGUAUCAGGGAUUGUGGACUGGAGCAUUGUAUCAGGGACUAGGGACUGGAUCAUUGCGUCAGGGACUGGGGACUGGAGCAUUGUAUCAGGGACUGGGGACUGGAUCAGUGUGUCAGGGACUGGGCAAUGGAUCAGUGUGUCAGGGACUGGGGACUGAGGACUGGAGCAGUGUUUCAGGGUAUGGGAACUGCAGCAGUGUUUCAGGGUAUGGGAACUGUAGCAGUGUGUCAGGGUCUGGGGACUGGAGCUGUGUAAGGGUCUGGGGACUGGAUCAGUGUGUCAGUAUAUGGGGACUGGGGACUGGAGCAGUGUGUCAGGGACUGGGAACUGGAGCAUUGUAUCAGGGACUGGGGACUGGAACAUUGCAUCAGGGACUGGGGACUGGAUCAGUGUGUCAGGGACUGGGUACAGGAGCAGUCUGUCGGGGUUUGGGGACUGGGGACUGGAGCAGUGUUUCAGGGUCUGGGGACUGGAUCAGUGUGUCAGGGUCUGUGGACUGGGGACUGGAGCAGUGUGUCAGGGUCUGGAGACAGGGGACUGGGGACCGGGGACUGGAUUAGUGUGUCAGGGUCUGUGGACUGGGGACUGGAGCAGUGUGUUAGGGUCUGGGGACUGGGGACUAAGGACUGGAGCAGUGUUUCAGGGUCUGGGGACUGGAGCAGUGUGUCAGGGUCUGGGGACUGGUUCAGUGUAUCAGGGUCUGGGGACUGGAUUAUUGUAUCAGGGACUGGGGACUGGAGCAUUGUAUCAGGGACUGUGGACUGGAUCAUUGUAUCAGGGACUGGGGACUGGAGCAUUGUAUCAUGCACUGUGGACUGGAGCAUUGUAUCGUGGACUGGGGACUGGAGCAUUGUGUCAGGGACUGGGGACUGGAACAAUGUAUUAGGGACUGGGUCUGGAUCAGUGUGUCAGGGUCUGGGGACUGGAGCAGUGUGUCAGGGUCUGGGGACUGGGGACUACGGACUGGAACAGUGUUUCAGGGUCUGGGGACUGGAGCAGUGUGUCAGGGUCUGGGGACCGGUUCAGUGUAUCAUGGUCUGGGGACUGGAUUAUUGUAUCAGGGACUGGGGACUGGAGCAUUGUAUCAGGGACUGUGGACUGGAUCAUUGUAUCAGGGACUGGGGACUGGAGCAUUGUAUCAUAAACUGUGGACUGGAGCAUUGUAUCAUGGACUGGGGACUGGAGCAUUGUAUCAGGGACUGGGGACUGGAACAUUGUAUUAGGGACUGGGGACUGGAUGAGUGUGUCAGGGACUGGGGACUAGAUUAUUUUAUCAGGGACUGAGGACUGGAGCAUUGUCAUUGUAUCAGGAACUGGGGACUGGAUCAGUGUGUCAUUGACUGGGGACUAAAGCAGUGUGUCAGGGACUGGAGACUGGAGCAGUGUGUCAGGGACUGGGGACUGGAGCAGUGUGUCAGGGACUGGGGACUGGAGCAGUGUUUUAGGGUCUGGGGACUGGAGCAGUGUGUCAGGGACUGGGGACUGGAGCAGUGUAUCAGAGACUGGGGACUGGAGCAGUGUGUCAGGGUCUGGGGACUAGGGCAGUGUGUCAGGGUAUGAGGACAGGAGCAGUGUUUCAGGGACUGGGGAGUGGGGCAGUGUGUCAGGGUCUGGGGACUGGAGCAGUGUGUCAGGUUCUGGGGACUGGAGCAGUGUGUUAGGGUCUGGGAACUUGGGACUGCAGCAGUGUGUCAAGGUCUGAGGACUGGAGAAGUGUUUCAGGGACUGGGGACUGGAGCAGUGUGUCAGGGUAUGGGGACUGGAGCAGUGUGUCAGGGUCUGGGAACUGGAGCAGUGUGUAAGGGUCUGGGAACUGGAGCAAUGUGUCAGGGACUGGGGACUGGAGCAGUGUGUCAGGGUCUGGGACUGGAGCAGUGUGUCAGGGACUGGGGACUGGAGCAGUGUACCAGGGACUGGGGACUGGAGCAGUGUAUCAGGGACUGGGGACUGCUGACUGGAAACGUGUGUUAGGGUCUGGGGACUGGAGCAGUGUGUCAGGGUCUGGGGACUGGAGCAGUGUGUCAGGGUCUGGGGACUGGAGCAGUGUGUCAGGGUCUGGGGACUGGAGCAGUGUGUCAGGGUCCUGAGACUGGAGCAGUGUGUCAGGGUCUGGGGACUGGAGCAGUGUGUCAGGGCCUGGGGACUGGAGCAGUGUGUCAGGGCCUGGAGACUGGAGCAGUGUGUCAGUGUCUGGGACUGGAGCAGUGUGUCAGGGAUGGGGACUGGAGCAUUGCAUCAGGGACUGAGGUCUGGAGCAUUGCAUUAGGCACUGGGGACUGGAUCAGUGUGUCAGGGACUGGGUACUGGAGCAGUGUGUCAGGGUAUGGGGACUGGAGCAGUGUGUCAGGGUCUGGGGACUGGAGCAGUUAGUCAGGGUCUGAGGACUGGAGCAUUUUAUCAGGGACUGGGGACUGGAUCAGUGUGUCAGGGUCUGGGGACUGGAGUAGUCUGUCGGGGUCUGGGGACUGGGGACUGGAGCAGUGUUUCAGGGUCUGGGGACUGGAGCAGUGUGUCGGGGUCUGGGGACUGGGGACUGGAGCAGUGUGUCAGGGUCUGAGGACUGGAGCAUUUUAUCAGGGACUGGGGACUGGAUCAGUGUGUCAGGGUCUGGGGACUGGAGCAAUUUGUCAGGGUCUGGGGACUGGAUCAGUGUGUCAGGGACUGGGGACUGGAUCAGUGUGUCAGGGUAUGGGGACUGGAGCAAUUUGUCAGGGUCUGGGGACUGGAGCAGUGUGUCAUGGUCUGGGGACUGGAUCAGUGUGUCAGGGACUGGGGACUGGAGCAUUGUAUCAGGGAUUGGGGACUGGAUCAGUUUGUCAGGGUCUGGGGACUGGAGCAUUGUGUCAGGGUCUGGGGACUGGGGACUGGAGCAGUGUUUCAGGGUCUGGGGACUGGGGACUGGAGAAUUGUGUCGGGUUCUGGGGACUGGGGACUGGAUCAAUUUGUCAGGGUCUGUGGACUGGGGACUGGAGCAGUGUGACAGGUUCUGGGGACUGGUGACUGGAGCAGUGUUUCAGGGUCUGGGGACUGGGGACUGGAGCAGUGUGUCAGGGUCUGGAGACUGGAGCAGUGUGUCAGUGUCUGGGGACUGGAGCAGUGUGUCAGGGUCAGGGGACUGGGGACUGUCGACUGGGGCAGUGUGUCAGGGUCUGGGGACUGGAGCAGUUUGUCAGUGUCUGGGGACUGGAGCAGUGUGACAGGGUCUGGAGACUGGGGCAGUGUGUCAGGGACUAGUGACUGGAGCAGUUAGUCAGGGUCUGAGGACUGGAGCAUUUUAUCUGGGACUGGGGACUGGAUCAGUGUGUCAGGGUCUGGGGACUGGAGCAGUCUGUCGUGGUCUGGGGACUGGGGACUGGAGCAGUGUUUCAGGGUCUGGGGACUGGAGCAGUGUGUCAGGGACUAGUGACUGGAGCAGUUAGUCAGGGUCUGAGGACUGAAGCAUUUUAUCUGGGACUGGGGACUGGAUCAGUGUGUCAGGGUCUGGGGACUGGAGCAGUCUGUCGUGGUCUGGGGACUGGGGACUGGAGCAGUGUUUCAGGGUCUGGGGACUUGAGCAGUGUGUCUGAGUCUGGGGACUGGGGACUGGAGCAGUGUUUCAGGGUCUGGGGACUGGAUCAGUGUGUCAGGGUCUGUGGACUGGGGACUGGAGCAGUGUUUCAGGCUCUGGGGACUGGGGACUGGAGAAUUGUGUCGGGUUCUGGGGACUGGGGACUGGAUCAGUUUGUCAGGGUCUGUGGACUGGGGACUGGAGCAGUGUGACAGGUUCUGGGGACUGGUGACUGGAGCAGUGUUUCAGGGUCUGGGGACUGGGGACUGGAGCAGUGUGUCAGGGUCUGGAGACUGGAGCAGUGUGUCAGUGUCUGGGAACUGGAGCAGUGUGUCAGGGUCAGGGGACUGGGCACUGUCGACUGGGGCAGUGUGUCAGGGUCUGGGGACUGGAGCAGUUUGUCAGUGUCUGGGGACUGGAGCAGUGUGACAGGGUCUGGAGACUGGGGCAGUGUGUCAGGGACUAGUGACUGGAGCAGUUAGUCAGGGUCUGAGGACUGGAGCAUUUUAUCUGGGACUGGGGACUGGAUCAGUGUGUCAGGGUCUGGGGACUGGAGCAGUCUGUCGUGGUCUGGGGACUGGGGACUGGAGCAGUGUUUCAGGGUCUGGGGACUGGAGCAGUGUGUCAGGGACUAGUGACUGGAGCAGUUAGUCAGGGUCUGAGGACUGGAGCAUUUUAUCUGGGACUGGGGACUGGAUCAGUGUGUCAGGGUCUGGGGACUGGAGCAGUCUGUCGUGGUCUGGGGACUGGGGACUGGAGCAGUGUUUCAGGGUCUGGGGACUUGAGCAGUGUGUCUGAGUCUGGGGACUGGGGACUGGAGCAGUGUUUCAGGGUCUGGGGACUGGAUCAGUGUGUCAGGGUCUGUGGACUGGGGACUGGAGCAGUGUGUCAGGGUCUGGAGACUGGGGACUGGGGACUGGGGUAGUGUGUAAGGGUCUGGGGACUGGAUUAGUGUGUCAGGGUCUGGGGACUGGAGCAGUGUGUCAGGGUCUGGGGACUGGAUCAUUGUAUCAGGGACUGGGGACUGGAUCAGUUUGUCAGGGUCUGGGGACUGGAGCAGUGUGUCAGGGUCUGGGGACUGGGGACUGGAGCUGUGUUUCAGGUUCUGGGGACUGGAGCAGUGUGUCGGGUUCUGGGGACUGGGGACUGGAUCAGUGUGUCAGGGUCUGUGGACUGGGGACUGGAUUAGUGUGACAGGGUCUGGGGACUGGUGACUGGAGCAGUGUUUCAGGGUCUGGGGACUGGAGCAGUGUGUCAGGGUCUCGAGACUGGAGCAGUGUGUCAGUGUCUGGGGACUGGAGCAGUGUGUCAGGGUCUGGGGACUGGGGACUGGGGACUGGUGCAGUGUGUCAGGGUCUGGGGACUGGAGCAGUGUGUCAUGGUCUGGGGACUGGGGACUGGAGCAGUAUGUCAGGGUCUGGGGACUGGAGCAGUGUGUCAGGGUCUGGGGUCUUGAGCAGUUUGUCAGCGUCUGGGGACUGGAUCAGUGUGUCAUGUUCUGGGACUGGAGCAGUGUGUCAGGGUCUGCGGUCUGGAGCAGUGUGUCAGGGUCUGGGGUCUGGGAUCUGGAGCAGUGUGUCAGGGUCUGGGGUCUGGGACUGGAGCAGUGUGUCAGGGUCUGCGGUCUGGAGCAGUGUGUCAGGGUCUGGGGUCUGGGAUCUGGAGCAAUGUGUCAGGGUCUGGGGUCUGUGGUUUGGAGCAGUGUGUCAGGGUCUGGGGUCUGUGGUUUGGAGCAGUGUGUCAGGGUCUGGGGUCUGGGGUUUGGAGCAGUGUGUCAGGGUCUGGGGUCUGGGGUUUGGAGCAGUGUGUCAGGGUCUGGGGUCUGGGGUUUGGAGCAGUGUGUCAGGGUCUGGGGACUGGGGAGGGACACUGUCUCAGACCAGUAAUAAUAGGGGUAUCAGGGGAAGAGGAUCAGAAGGCAAGUGUGAGGUCAUCUACAUUGACUUUUCUCUAUACUCUGCUCUACACUGUCCUUGUUCACUGGGCUACAUAUCUUCAUGAUAGGGCCUCAGUCCUACUUCACUGUGCUACAUAUCUUCAUGAUAGGGCCUCAGUCCUACUUCACUGGGCUACAUAUCUUCAUGAUAGGGCCUCAGUCCUACUUCUCUGGGCUACAUAUCUUCACGAGAGGGCCUCAUUCCUACUUCUCUGGGCUACAUAUUUUAAUUAGAGGGGCUCAGUCCUACUUCACUGAGCUAUAUGUAUAAUGAGAGGGCCUCAGUCCUACUUCACUGGGCUACAUGUCUUGAUGAGAGGACCUCAGUCCUACUUCACUGGGCUACAUGUCUUGAUGAGAGGGCCUCAGUCCUACUUCACUGGCCUACAUAUCUUGAUGAGAGGGCCUCAGUCCUACUUCAUUGUGCUAUAUGUCUUCAUGAGAGCCACAGUGGACUAACACAUGUGGGACAAACAUCCUUUUCCCUACAAAUCUCUAAACCAAUGUCUCUAUUAGGAUAUUAGUUAUAUAUGCUGUCAGUGAUGUGAAAAUGUAAUAUAUUUGGAUAUUUAGUAUUCAAAUGCAUUUAUUCUAAUAUUAGUUGUGAGUGAUAUUAGUAUUUAGACACAUCCAUUAGGAUAAUUGUCAUUAGCAUGGUCUGGCAACUCUUUGUUGUGUUCUGGGACACUGUCUGGCUCCGUGAUAAUGAUGUCAUUGACCUGUCACCUCCCAAGGUCAAAGUGUCAUCCUAUAACAACCUUAAUGAUUGGCUGUUUAGACUAGCGGCUUUAUUUAUCUAAAUGGUGAUGGAUCGUUCCCCUUCCCUGGUUGUUGUGUGUAUGUGUGUGUUUGUGUAUGUGUGUGUGUGUGUGUGUGUGUGUAUGUGUCAGCAAAUGAUAUGAACUUGGACAUGAUAUGCCUGCUGAUUUAAUCAAUACACCGAGUUAAACGCACGGCUGGCUCCAUUACAAUCCAAUAACACCGGUGUGUCUGUGUGUGUGCUUGCAUGCUUUCAUGCGUGCGUGCAUGCGUGUGUGUGUGUGUCUACCCUUGAAAAGCGUUUGCACGGUGCAGAAGACAAAGAGCAAGGACAUUCUGUUGGUUUGUCAUAUUUAUCUGUAAAUUAGCUCAUCGACCACAAAUAGAGGCAAUUACAGACGAUAUUCAUGAUAAUCUGAAAUACAGGAGACCAGAGAGCUGUUCGAUUGAAACAUCAGCUGUGAUGUUACAAUCCCUAUAUAGUGCACUACUUUGAACCAGGGUCCAUUGCUGUGCUUUUGUUUAUAUGGUCCCCUGUAGCUCAGUUGGUAGAGCAUGGCGCUUGCAACGCCAGGGUUGUGGGUUCGUUUCCCACGGGGGGCCAGUAUGAAAAAUGUAUGCACUUACUAACUGUAAGUCGCUCUGGAUAAGAGCGUCUGCUAAAUGACUAAAAUGUUUUUAAAAAUAUGGCCAUACAUUCUGUUUAGGACCACAUUGAAUCAGAGUAGAUGUAGAAUAUUAACAUGUAUGGAUGUAGAGGUGCAGAGCCAGUCUGUCUGGUAGAAACCCCAUAUGGCCUUCUCUUCACUUCGCUUUCAGGAUCAGGUAAGGGGACAGGUGCUGGCUCCCCAGGCAAAUACACACACAAACAUGCAUUCAUGCAUGCACACAGAGACACACAGACACAUGCCACAUAAACACACACACUCUCUCUCUCUCACACACACACACCUCUCAACUCUCUCAGCAGUGCCCCUUGGCAGCCCCCCAGCGUAAUGACCUGAGUCUGGCUCAUUAAGGAGCUCUAUUAACCCAGGCCAGGACAGCGGUCAGCCUCAUUAGGAAACGUUGUUAGGGUUGGUAGAGGUUGUUGGGGCUAAUUUUAGUCUGCUUUUAGACACCAGCUGCAGUGAUGUAGUGGUAACAAUAGGUGGGAAAACUCUAAUCGCCGUUCGCAGUGAGCAUAGUAACGCUCCCUAUAUUUUCAAUGCAUUUUUCCGCAAUAGGUGCACGGUAUUUGGUAUUUUUGGGUAUUUUAUUAGGAUCCCCAUUAGCUGUUGCAAAAGCAGCAGCUACUCUUCCUGGGGUCCACACAAAACACAAAACAUGACAUAAUACAGAACAUUAAUAGACAAGAACAGCUCAAGGACAGAACUACGUAAAACAAAAGGCACACGUAGCCUACAUAUCAAUACAUACACACAAACUAUCUAGGUCAAAUAGGGGAGAGGCGUUUUGCCGUGAGGUGUUGCUUUAUCUGUUUUUUUAAACCAGGUUUGCUGUUCACUUGAGCAAUACGAGAUGGAACAGAGUUCCAUGCAAUAAUGGCUCUAUGUAAUACUGUACGCUUUCUUGAAUUUGUUCUGGAUUUUGGGACUGUGAAAAGACCCCUGGUGACAUGUCUGGUGUGGUAAGUGUGUGUGUCAGAGCUGUGUGUAAAUUGACUAUGCAAACAAUUUGGGAUUUUCAACACAUUAAUGUUUCUUAUAAAAAGAAGAAGUGAUGCAGUCAGUCUCUCCUCAACUCUUAACCAAGAGAGACUGGCAUGCAUAGUAUUUAUAUCUGCCCUCUUAUUACAAUGAAGAUUACUCUGUUCUGGGCCAGCUGCAGCUUAACUAGGUCUUUCCUUUCAGCACUCGACCACACGACUGGACAAUAAUCAAGAUAAGACUAAACUAGAGCUUGCAGGACUUGCUUUUGGAGUGUGGUGUCAAAAAAGCAGAGCAUCUCUUUACUACGGACAGACCUCUCCCCAUCUUUACAACCAUUGAAUCUAUAUGUUUUGACCAUGACAGUUUACGAUCUAAGGUAACGCCAAGUCAUUUAAUCUUGUCAACUUGUUCAACAGCCACACCAUUCAUUACCAGAUUCAACUGAGGUCUACACCUUAGGGAAUGAUUUGUACCAAAUACAAUGCUCUUAGUUUUAGAGAUGUUCAGGACCAGUUUAUUACUGGCCACCCAUUCCAAAACAGACUGCAACUCUUUGUUAAGGGUUUCAGUGACUUCAUUAGCUGUGGUUGCUGAUGCGUAUAUGGUUGAAUCAUCAGCAUACAUGAACAUACAGUGGGGAAAAAAAGUAUUUAGUCAGCCACCAAUUGUGCAAGUUCUCCCACUUAAAAAGAUGAGAGAGGCCUGUAAUUUUCAUCAUAGGUACACGUCAACUAUGACAGACAAAAUGAGAAAAAAAAAUCCAGAAAAUCACAUUGUAGGAUUUUUAAUUAAUUUAUUUGCAAAUGAUGGUGGAAAAUAAGUAUUUGGUCAAUAACAAAAGUUUCUCAAUACUUUGUUAUAUACCCUUUGUUGGCAAUGACACAGGUCAAACGUUUUCUGUAAGUCUUCACAAGGUUUUCACACACUGUUGCUUGUAUUUUGGCCCAUUCCUCCAUGCAGAUCUCCUCUAGAGCAGUGAUGUUUUGGGGCUGUCGCUGGGCAACACAGACUUUCAACUCCCUCCAAAGAUUUUCUAUGGGUUUGAGAUCUGGAGACUGGCUAGGCCACUCCAGGACCUUGAAAUGCUUCUUACGAAGCCACUCCUUCGUUGCCCGGGCGGUGUGUUUGGGAUCAUUGUCAUGCUGAAAGACCCAGCCACGUUUCAUCUUCAAUGCCCUUGCUGAUGGAAGGAGGUUUUCACUCAAAAUCUUACGAUACAUGGCCCCAUUCAUUCUUUCCUUUACACGGAUCAGUCGUCCUGGUCCCUUUGCAGAAAAACAGCCCAAAAGCAUGAUGUUUCCACCCCCAUGCUUCACAGUAGGUAUGGUGUUCUUUGGAUGCAACUCAGCAUUCUUUGUCCUCCAAACAUGACGAGUUGAGUUUUUACCAAAAAGUUAUAUUUUGGUUUCAUCUGACCAUAUGACAUUCUCCCAAUCCUCUUCUGGAUCAUCCAAAUGCACUUCAGACGGGCCUGGACAUGUACUGGUUUAAGCAGGGGGACAUGUCUCGCACUGCAGGAUUUGAGUCCCAGGCGGCGUAGUGUGUUACUGAUGGUAGGCUUUGUUACUUUGGUCCCAGCUCUCUGCAGGUCAUUCACUAGGUCCCCCCGUGUGGUUCUGGGAUUUUUGCUCACCGUUCUUGUGAUCAUUUUGACCCCACGGGUGAGAUCUUGCGUGGAGCCCCAGAUUGAGGGAGAUUAUCAGUGGUCUUGUAUGUCUUCCAUUUCCUAAUAAUUGCUCCCACAGUUGAUUUCUUCAAACCAAGCUGCUUACCUAUUGCAGAUUCAGUCUUCCCAGCCUGGUGCAAGUCUACAAUUUUGUUUCUGGUGUCCUUUGACAGCUCUUUGGUCUUGGCCAUUGUGGAGUUUGGAGUGUGACUGUUUUAGGUUGUGGACAGGUGUCUUUUAUACUGAUAACAAGUUCAAACAGGUGCCAUUAAUACAGGUAACGAGUGGAGGACAGAGGAGCCUCUUAAAGAAGAAGUUACAGGUCUGUGAGAGCCAGAAAUCUUGCUUGUUUGUAGGUGACCAAAUACUUAUUUUCCACCAUAAUUUGCAAAUAAAUUCAUUAAAAAUCCUACAAUGGGAUUUUCUGGAAUUUUUUUUCUCAAUUUGUCUGUCAUAGUUGACGUGUACCUAUGAUGAAAAUUACAGGCCUCUCUCAUCUUUUUAAGUGGGAGAACUUGCACAAUUGGUGGCUGACUAAAUACUUUUUUUCCCCACUGUACAUGCUUUGUUUAAUGCCAGUGGCAGGUCAUUGGUAAAAAUAGAAAAGAGUAGAGGGCCUAGAGAACUGCCCUGCGGUACACCACACUUUACAUGUUUGACAAUACAGAAGCUUCUAUUAAAGAAAACCCUUCGAGUUAUAUUAGAUAGAUAGCUCUGAAUCCACGAUAUGGCAGAGGUUGAAAAGCCAUAACAUACUUUUUUUCAACAACAGGUUAUGGUCAAUAAUUUCAAAGGCUGCACUGAAAUCUAACAGUACAGCUCCCAUAAUCUUCUUAUUAUCAAUUUCUUUCAACCAAUCAUCAGUCAUUUGUGUCAGUGCAGUACAUGUUGAGUGUCUGUUGUUAAUUUGUUUACAGAGAAAUAGCAUUGUAUUUGGUCAAAUACCAUUUUUUCCAACAAUUUGCUAAGAGCUGGCAGAAAGCUUAUAGGUCUGCUGUUAGAACCAAUAAAGGCCGCUUUACCACUCUUGGGUAGCGGAAUUACUUUGGCUUCCCGCCAGGCCUGAGGACAAAGACUUUCCUCUAGGCUCAGAUUAAAGAUAUGACAGACAGGAGUGGCUAUAGAGUCAGCUACCAUCCUCAGUAGCUUUCCAUCUAAGUUGUCAAUGCCAGGAGGUUUGUCAUUAUUGAUCGAUAACUAUAGAUUUUCCACCUCUCCAAAACGAACUUUACAAAAUUCAAGCUGGCAAUGCUUUUCUUUCAUUAUUUCUUUUUUUAUGCCCAAGUUUGCCCACUUUACAUUUUACAUUUUAGUCAUUUAGCAGAUGCUCUUAUCCAGAGCGACUUACAGUUAGUGAGUGCAUACAUUAUUUUUUUCAUACUUUGCCAAUUAAGUAAUCAUUAAAAUAUUUGGCAACAUCAAAUGGUUUUGUGAUGAAUAAGCCAUCUGAUUCGAUGAAAGAUGGAGUUGAAUUUGUCUUUCUGCCCAUCAUUUCAUUUAAAGUAGUUCCAUCAUUCUUUAUAUCAUUGAUCUUGGCUUCAUAAUACCAUUUUUUCUUAUUUUUGUUGAGUUUAGUCACAUAAUUUCUCAAUUUGCAGUAAAUCAGCCAGCUAGAUGUGCAGCCAGACUUAUUAACCACUUAUCUUUCAACAAUACAGUUUCUUAACAGGAAGAAACAAUUUCAUAAAUUCAUCAAGUUCAGUGUCUGGAUGCUCCUUAUUAAUCACAUCAGACCAACAAAUAUUUCUAACAUCAUCCACAUAAGAGUCACAGCAAAAUAUUUUGUAUGAUCUCUCAUACACUAUUUUAGGCCCAGCUUUUGGAACUUUGGCUUCCUUGCAUAUAGCCACUAUAUUGUGAUCACUGCAUCCAAUGGGUACGGAUACAGCUUUAGAACAAAGUUCUACAGUAUUAGUAAAAAUGUGAUACAUGUGGAUGAUCUUGUUUCUGUAGUGUUUGUAAACACCCUGGUAGGUUGAUUACUAACCUGAACCAGUUUACAUGCACUGGUUACAGUGAGAAGCUUCCUCUUGAGUGGACAGUUUGAUGAAAACCAGUCAAUACUCAGGUCCCCAAGAAGUAGACCCCUCCGUUUACAUCACAUACACUAUUAAGCAUUUCACACAUAUUAUUUAGAUACUAACUGUUAGCACUUGGUGGACUAUAGCAACUUCCAAAAGAAAAGGCUUUAGAUGUGCCAAGUGAACCUGCAACCACAACACUUCAAUACCACUUGACAUAAGAUCUUCUCUAAGCAUUACAGGGAUAUGGCUCUGAAUAUAUACAGCAAUACCUCCCCCAUAAGCAUUUCUGUCUCUUCUAUAGAUGUUAUAUCCUUGUAUUGCUACUGCUGUAUCAUCCAAUGAAUUAUCUAAGCGAGUCUCAGAAAUGGCUAAUAUAUGAAUGUUAGCAAGUUAUUGAUUUCAUUAACCUUAAUUCUAAGGCUACAUAUAUUAAUAUGGGCUAUUUUCAGCCCUUUCCUGGGUACCUUAUCAGCGAUAGACAUAAUAUGGAAAAGAGCAAACAAAGCAAGAGAAAACAAUAUACAUACAGCAGUCCAUUAAUCAAUUGGUGUGUGUGUGUGUGUGUGUGUGUGUGUGUGUGUGUGUGUGUGUGUGUGUGUGUGUGUGUGUGUGUGCUGCGGGGUUGAAGCUACGAACCCAUAGGCUUGGCUCUCUCAGGGUGGACAAUGGGUGGACAAUGAGCAUGUCAUAGCCGAUGUAAGCAAUGUCCCCAUGCGCUCUGGCAGCUUUCAUGGCUGGGAUAAGUUCUUUCCUCUUCUGGCGCACAGCUUCAGGAUAGUCCUCGUUGAGGAAGAUACGUUCCUCUCAAGUUAUUGACUCUUUCCAGAACAGCUACCUUGUUCUUGAACCUCAGGAACUUGACCACUAUCGGCCUGGGCCUGUCACCUGGGCCGGUGGUGGUUUUCCAGUCCUGUGGGCGCGCUACACCUCAAACUUCCUGUGGUCCAUCUUCAAUUUCUCAGAGAUAAUUUCCCUCACUUUGUCCUCAGACUCCGUCCAGGUCUCAUGUGGAGAUUAUGCAAUUCUGUCCACAACCAUGUUAUUCCGCCUUGAUUGUCCCUCGAGAUUGAUUGAUCUGUCAUUGUUAUCAUGAAUUCACACACAGAACUGAUGUCCUCUCUCAAUGACUUACAGAUUGCUGUCAUCUUGCCGUUCUCCUAUUUCAGGUUGGGGUCAACUACAACAUGGACCAGUACCACAGAGAAGGUACAGGUUGGGGUCAACUACAACAUGGACCAGUACCACAGAGAAGGUACAGGUUGGGGUCAACUACAACAUGGACCAGUACCACAGAGAAGGUACAGGUUGGGGUCAACUACAACAUGGACCAGUACCACAGAUAAGGUUCAGGUUGGGGUCAACUACACCACCGACCAGUACCACAGAGAAGGUUCAGGUUGGGGUCAACUACAACACGGACCAGUACCACAGAGAAGGUUCAGGUUGGGGUCAACUACAACACGGACCAGUACCACAGAGAAGGUUCAGGUUGGGGUCAACUACACCACCGACCAGCACCACAGAGAAGGUUCAGGUUGGGGUCAACUACAACACGGACCAGUACCACAGAGAAGGUUCAGGCUGGGGCCCUAUAGGUCCUAGUCCAUGUGUAGAUUUAAACUAAGGGAGCUGAGACGUUGAGAUGGAAGCAUUUUGACUCUUCUUUAUUUUAAAAACAAUAUUCACCCUUCUAAUCUGGAAGGCCCUAACAGUUCCAAAAUAGAAUACUGAGUAUUA